UUAUAAAGUUAUUAAGAUUUAUAAUACUGAUUCGUUAUUACGUUUUACGCUAAUUGGGCUUAAAUCUAAUUAUAUAUAAAAUAAAUAAUUUUUAUGGCGAUACAUAAUCUUUUCACAGAAAUAAAUGCCAAUUUGGCCCAUUUACUAUACACAUUAACGGAAUUUAAUACUGAAGAUUCUACAAAUAUAAACAAAUAUAAAGAUGAAAAUAUCUCAAUUUUUAACAAUUUACACCAAAAUUUGUGUGAAUACUACAAAAUUUUAAAAUCCUUUGAAACCAGUGAACUUAUUAAUGAUAAAAAUUACGUUUCCACUACUAUUGACUGCAAUUACAAUGGCUUAUUCACUGAAGCCUCUGAAAGGUUACCCGAAGUCGAGUUUAACUUCAAUGUUCAAUCAACUGUGUAUAAUAAUAUCAUCCUCUUCCUCCAGUACUUAUCACCAAAUGGCUUUAUUUGGCACUAUCACACAGUAAAUAACGCUAUCUCCAAUAAAAAGAAGCUUAUAUUUUGUUGUAAAUUUAUUGAAACAUCUGUAAAUAAUCUUUUUAGUCAUUAUCACACCGUUUCUGUUAUUUUUACAUCACUAUCGCAAUUCUAUGGAUAUACUAAUGUUAAGGGUUCAUUGAAUCUUGAAUUUCCAAGAUACUUGGAAAAUGUACUUCUCAAGAUAUCUGGCAUUGUAACUGUUAUACACAUGCCAAUAAACGUGAGUAAUCGUUUAUCAAUUUUAGGGUUGGAGGGUUCAGAAUCCCACGAAUGUUCCCUGGAAAAUCCCCAAUUCAUAGACAUUGACCUGUACAAUAAAACAAACUCUCACUAUAACCAAUACCCAACUCCCUCAAAAUUGGCCCUCACCGGAUGUAGACUUGUAUGUAAAUGCUAUAUGAACUUGUUAAAUGUGCAUGAAACGCGUAGUAUUCAGUUUAAUCAUCUCAUCUCCACACUUCUCAUGAUAUAUAACAAAACUUGCGGAAUGAUUUUGGAUGACAUUUAUGACUUGUUGAUAUAUAUGUCAAAUAAUCAUACGGAAGCCUUUAAGGACCCAAAUGUAUCACUAUUCAGAGAGAUUACAAAUAAAAUGGCAGAUGACAUAAAUAACUAUAACCCGGCAGUGUUGAAAUCACUAGAAUGUUACAUUGGACUUACGAGUUUGGUGUAUAAUGACACUGAGGUUCGGAUGUAUGAGCUAGUUGAAGCUCUAAUUGACAGGAUAAUCAUAAUGAAUAACCCUGAGAUUAAGAAAAAGUUUAUUGAAAAGUAUAAUUUAUACCUUGAAAAUACGCCGCUGGUCUGUUCAGCUACAAUGCUACAGACAAUGAGACUUAUAUUCAGCUGUAUCGACUCGCUAGAGCCGAAUAUUGUAAUCGCUUCUCUUAAAUGCUUGGGAGACGUGUUCAAACAUCUUGUUUACGACACGUUGUAUUAUUUCCCGGAUUGCUACGCCAGGUUCAUACUCAUUUACAUUAAUUUCCUGUCAAACCAGUUUAAAUUAGAAGAUUCCCUAAGUAAUUUCGAAGAGUUAUUUUUUUUCAACAAUUUAACCACAAAAUUAGUAGUUCCAUGUGGGAAAAGGAUUGUUCCGGAUAAUAACCAGAGGAAUCAAAUGAUUAAUUUAAUUAAAAGAAUUUUCGAAAUUAUAAAAAAAUUAUUGGGAGAGGAUAAAUUGGAUAAUUUAAUGUUUAAAAUAAACUCCGAUGUUAAAAACGAUCCAAACUCCAGUGACCACACAUUGCUCAUUUUCGAACAAUUUUCCACCUUUUUCCAAACAUAA